UCCACAGUUUGACAUCUUGCAUCUAUAUCUAUGACACAUUUUCACCCUCGGCACAAGCAGAGAUGAAGGAGGCAGCCUAAUGGCUAUGCGCUACAUCCCCAUCUUCUUCCUCCUAUUCUUGAGUUCAUUCUGCAAAUCUGAUGAUCAACUCACACAAGCAAAGCCACUCACCCACGGCCACACUCUCAUCUCCGAAACCGGAGAUUUCGCUCUUGGCUUCUUCUCCCCGACGACCUCCAACAGGAGCUUUUACCUUGGCAUAUGGUACCAUAGCCUCCCCGGACCACGGACUGUUGUGUGGGUCGCCAAUCGAGACAACCCAAUCACCAACCCUUCGUCCGGGACGCUUACCGUCACCAGCAAUUCAUCAUUGGUAUUAUCUGACUCCAGUGGCCGCAAUAUAUGGAUGACAGCAAGCAAUAUACCCGCUAGAGUUUCCAGAGCUCAUGCAGUGCUACUCAACUCGGGGAACUUUGUUCUCCGGUCGCCGAAUGGUGCGGACAUAUGGCAGAGCUUUGAUCACCCGACCGACACAAUGCUUCCAACAAUGAGAUUUUUGGCAAGCUACAAGGCACAAGUUGUCGGGCGGUUCAUUGCUUGGAAGGGACCGCAUGACCCGUCCUCCGGGAACUUCUCCUUAAGUAGCGACCCCAGCUCGCCAACCCCUCAGCUCAUCAUUUGGCAUGGGACCAAGCCAUACUGCCGCACCACUGUGUUGAAUGAAGCUUCGGUGAUUUACGGGGGGACAUACCUGAGCAACACCGGAUCUGUAUUGUAUGAAGCGAACAUCAACUCUAGAGUUGACAAAAAGAUAAGUUCAGUAAAGAUUGUACUCCCGAUUGUGGCAUUCUUGCUGCUACUAACAUGCAUAGCCCUCGUCUGGAUGUACAAAUGCAGAGGCAAACGGCAAAGGAGAGAAAACCAGAACGCACUAAUGCAAGGAUACUUUAGUACAUCCAACAGACUCGGAGGCGAAAGUACAGAAUUUCUAUUUGUUAGCUAUGAAGACAUCCUUUCAGCAACAAAUUUUUUCGCUGAUUCGAACUUACUUGGACGCGGAGGUUUUGGCAAAGUUUACAAGGGCACACUGAAAGGUGGAAAUGAAGUUGCUGUUAAGAGGCUCAGUAAGGGUUCUAAACAAGGUAUAGAGGAGUUCAAAAAUGAAGUAGUUCUGAUUGCCAAGCUGCAGCACAAGAACCUAGUCAGACUUCUUGGAUUUUGCAUUCAGGAGGAUGAGAAGUUGCUGAUCUACGAAUAUUUACCUAACAAAAGUUUGGAUGCCUUUCUUUUUGAUGCUGCACAAAAACAUGUGCUUGAUUGGCUGACGCGGUUCAAAAUAAUUAAAGGGGUAGCAAGAGGGCUUCUUUAUCUUCACCAAGAUUCAAGAUUAACAAUAAUUCAUAGAGAUCUCAAAGCAAGCAACAUUCUAUUGGAUACCGAAAUGACUCCAAAAAUUUCAGAUUUUGGUAUGGCAAGAAUCUUUGGUGCAAACCAAAAUCAUGCAAACACAACCAGGGUCGCUGGGACAUAUGGCUACAUGUCACCUGAGUAUGCGAUCGGAGGUGCCUUUUCAGUGAAAUCCGACACUUAUGGCUUCGGCGUUCUUCUGUUGGAGAUUGUUAGUGGGUUGAACAUCAGCUCACCUCAGCACAAGACAAACUUUUGUAGUCUGAUAACUUAUGCAUGGAGAGUAUGGGAAGAUGGAAAUGCAACUGAGCUAGUGGACUCUUCAAUUUUGCCAAGCUGCGCACUUCAGGAAGUUUUACGGUGUAUUCAUGUGGGACUCUUGUGUGUUCAAGACCAUCCCGAUGAUAGGCCACUAAUGUCAGCUGUUAUGUUUAUGAUAGAGAAUGAAAGUGCACUGCUUCCAACUCCAAAACAACCUGUAUAUUUUUCUCCAAGUAAGUGUGACGAUGGAGAAGCAAGGGACAGCAUGAACUAUUCAGUAAAUGUAAUGAGUUCCACAACGGUAGAAGGCCGUUAGAUGUUUAAUAACAUAGUUUGCACACAUCCUAGUAUAGCUAGUUGUAUGCUUCACAAUUUACUUUUUAUGUACCGAACUCUUACUUAGGUGCUUGUAAUAUUUGUGUGUUUAUUGUAUAAGAAAAGUUGUGAAUAACGGAGGCGUGGUAAGAUGUUGAUCUCAUUCUGUUACUCAGGCAUGGAGAUUAUAGGAAGAUGGAAACGCAAUUGAACUUGUGGACUCUUCAUUUGUUACAAGUUGCCCAUUUAACGAAGUUUUGCG